ACCCAACCCACGGGCGAUGUUGACGUGUCAAAACAGCACACGCGCAGAUGCGCGUCGUGUCAAAUUUUCAACUCGGAAAACCAAACGUUGUCACGCGUCACCCAACCGUAACUGCAAUUGUGAGACUUGACGACGUGAAGUCGUUCACUCCUUGCCGACGACGGAACGCGCUCCUCCUGCAGCUACCGGACGCCUCUCCCGGUCCCUUCUACUGCGUACGAGAUUAAACCGCUACCACCACUACCAAGUUGACUUAACACACGGCCGGGACGUGUUGUCGCUAUCCACCAUGGUGAACGUUUAAGGGUGACUGUACGGAAGCAGCAUACGUACUGUGUCGGUGGGCACCCUGUAGUCUCUCAGCUACAGAAUGAGACGACAGUAUGUUGAAAAGUUUGACAAGAUCCAAGCAGAGCCGUGUGAGACAAAAGGUGCACAGGACGGGGCGGAAGAGAAGAUUGGCAUGAUGACCCUAGAAGAAACCAGUGAUAAAAAUGUGAUAAUGGUACUUCGGCAUCUGCAACAAAUAGCUUCAAAUCACAAAGACAUCCAAAUUAUUGCUGAUACAUAUGUUGACACCAUUUGCUUUGCAAUUGAUGAGUUUAAUCACAUGAUGGUGAAGGUUAAGCAGGACAUAAUAAAACCAAAGGAGGCACUAGAAUAUUUCGCCACCCAAUUCCCUGAACUGGAUGAGAAAUGUAAACAAAUUUUCAGCAACUAUGAUUCUAAUUUAAACGAGCUUUGUAAUUUAAAAAAUAAAACACAAGAUGAAAUAAACAACUGCAAAAAAAUAUAUGGGCUUUCAGCAAUAAUGACAAAACAAACCGAGGCACUUGCAAAUGAGAGAGUUGAAGGAUGCGUAUCGGUGGCCAGAAAAGCGGGAGGAGUAGCAGUAAAAUCAGGGUGUAUAGGAGCAGCAGGGGGUGGGACAAUCGUGUUAAGUGCAGUAGGAGCAAAGGUGGCAGGGGCGUCGGCAGUUGCCGCAAGUGUAGCAGAGGUAGCAGCAACAACAGGGGCAAUAAUUGCAGGAGGUGCAGCGGUAGCAACAGGGGCAGCAUUGGUUGCAGGAGGAGGAGCGCUUGCAUUGGGAUUAGGAGUCAAAGUGGUACACUUGUGGUCUAAACGUUCAGAGGUGGACAUUCAACAAGAAAAAAAACAGUGGAAGGCAACCGAGGCACAUUUUAGUCAAUUAAAUGAGCAGAUUAUACAAAUAAAAGGGGUAAUUGGUCAAGAAAAAAGUUGCCUCGAGGAAGUGAACUUACGUUUAGAAAGUAUUGUUAAACAAAUUAAAUCGGCGAAAGGUAGCCAAGAAAUGGUUAGAGUUAGUCUUGAAAGGCAAUCUAAAGAAGUAAUAAAUCUCAUGGGUAAAUGUGACAAAUACAAGAAACUGAGAAUGCAAACAGAGAAUACUAUAAAUCCAGAAAAUGCAGUAUGCACAACGCAUAGGCACAAUCGCAGAGGAGAAGAUUGCUGAUAGCCAACUACAUCUGCUGAGACAUAGUGGCUAUUCACACAAACGGCAAACCAUUGUGUCCUACAUCCUUCUGCACUCAUCUUGGGUUUAAAUAUUCCAAAAAGUUGUUCUGUAUCUAUAGUGUAGAAUUAUAAUUGCAAAAAAAGUUUUUUUUAUAAAUAUAAUUGUAAACAAAGGGAAUCAUGAGGAUAACACGUAGGCUUUCGUGACCAAUAUUAUCCGUAAAAGGUUUUUUGUGGGUUACAUCGCAUGAAUAUAAAUCUGUCGUUAAACCCGCCACCACCGACACAGCCAAUUAGCAAGGUUUGUCAUGGAAAUAAAACGUGCCGAUAAGUUGGUACUUCAGCACACCGGUGUGUUGGAGAGUAAACCCACAACAUUUAUAAUUCGAGUACGAAUUGCCUCAUCAUGCGACAGCCAGAACCUCUACUUUGGAUAACACUUGGGGGCACAUCUAAACAUAACCCUGACCCUCGGGAGAAUAUUUAACCUGCAUCCUUUGGAGGACAUCUAACCCUAAGCCAUGGGAAGAUAUCCAACCCUACCUCUAUCUAUUGGAAAGACCUUUCACCUUAAUCCGUAGGACAUCUAACAGCCACGAUGAUGCUUGGAAGGACAUCAAACCCUCGGGUGAACAUCUCACCCUAACCUUGGGAAGUGCAUCGAAUGCUAACCAUUGAGAAGAUGUCAAUCACUGAAUAUGUCUAAAUGAUCUAUCCCUAAUCCUUGGGAGUACAGUGGUGUAGUGUCGUGUAGAAUCACUCAGACAGACACGUUGUAACAGGUCACCUGCUUACACUUUAUUAACCUAUUCUUGUACCAGUUGUAGGGGCUCCUAUCUCUGUCUAUACGGUCACUUCUGUUAACCAAAUUCCCCUAUCUACUUAACACUUUGCUAACCUGCAUAUGACAGCUCUUGCUCUCAGCAGCUCCGCACUAAAGGCUCCGCACACAGCGGCGCUCACACAGAGGCUUGCACACAGCGGCGCUCACACAGAGGCUUGCACAUAGCGGUGCUCACACGGAGGCUUGCACACAGCGGCGCUCACACGGAGGCUUGCACACAGCAACGCUC